AUGGGUACUGAAUUGGAAGAUGUGGCAGAGUAUUCGUUUGCGAUGGAAUACCAGGGACCGCUAAUAACCCGGAACCUACCGCGGGCAGUGCCCAUCAAUGUGGAUCGGAUUCCGGUGGCGGCCGUGGUUUCGCCGGUGACGUUACCGGAUAAGUUGUCGCUGCCUAUUGUACACCCACUAUCAGCCACUGAGAUAAGCAAGAAAUUCUCCAAGGAGUGUAAGUUGGGUUCCUCGUCUGAAUUAUUGACUGUUUCUCCAACUUCCGUGAUAUCUUUUGAGCAGGGAAAAGAUGGGGUUGGCGAGGGUUCUUUUAGUAAAGAAUUAGGUUUAGGGUCUGAAACUUCUGUUUCGCCAAGCUCAGUGAAUAAUGCAUUCGAGGAAAGAGAUCCUAGUAAUGGUCCCAGUAGCAAUAGUAAUUGUGUUAUAUCGGGCGAGUUAAGUAGUGAUUUAGGGAGUUCUAAUCUUGAUUAUGGGGCUAAUGGAGGGAACGAGUUGGGAUUUUCAUCCGUCACUCAUGACCAUUCGCUCGAGAUGAUCGGCGGUGUUGAGAGUUCUGGUGCAUUAGGGUUUUCAGAUUGCUCUGAGAAGUCGAUGGUAAUGUCAGGAAGCUUGCAGAAGAGUGUUUCGAGUGAUUGCAAAGAGAGGCUAAAUUUUAAUGAGUCGAACCAGCAGGAUUGGGACUCUAAUGAGUCAGUAAUGAGUAUGGAUUACCCAUCUUCUCGGAUUUCUUCCUGUAAGUUUGGUGAUGGGAAAAAUGAAUCUGGUCGUGAUGUUAGGCGAGUCUCAUUGGUGAGAUUUUGUGAUAUUGAGUCAGAUGAUGAUGAUACGGACAAGGAGUUUAGGCGUGCCGAACCUGAGGUAGUUAUGGCAAAGAGAGAACCUGCAAUGAAGGUGAGGAAAGGGGCAUGUUAUCGGUGUUUGAAAGGAAGUAGGUUUACGGAAAAGGAGGUAUGUAUCGUUUGUGAUGCAAAGUAUUGUAGUAAUUGUGUGCUCAGAGCAAUGGGAUCUAUGCCGGAGGGAAGAAAGUGUAUCACAUGCCUUGGAUUCCCCAUUGACGAGUCUAAGCGUGGCAAUUUGGGGAAAUGCUCUAGGUUGCUCAAACGACUGCUUAAUGAUUUGGAAAUUCAGCAGAUUAUGAAAGCUGAGAAAUUGUGUGAAGUAAAUCAAUUGCCACCGGAGUACAUUUGUGUUAAUGGUAGGCCUCUUUAUCACGAGGAGCUGGUUAUGUUGCAAAGCUGCCCAAAUCCACCAAAGAAGCUGAAACCGGGAAAUUAUUGGUAUGACAAAGUAUCAGGUCUUUGGGGAAAGGAAGGAAAUAAGCCUUCACAAAUUAUUAGUCCCCAUCUAAAUGUUGGGGGUCCCAUUAUGGCAGAUGCUAGCAACGGGAACACUCAAGUUUACAUAAAUGGUCGUGAGAUUACCAAAGUGGAGCUGCGUAUGUUAAAGUUGGCGGGGGUUCAAUGUGCUGGUAAUCCACAUUUUUGGGUGAAUGAAGAUGGUUCAUACCAAGAGGAGGGACAGAAAAAUACGAAAGGUUAUAUCUGGGGAAAGGCUGGAACAAAGCUUCUUUGUGCUGUACUCUCCCUUCCGGCUCCUUCCAAAUCCUCUUCUCCUUGUGGAGAGCAACUGAAUAAUGUGGUCAGUCGAUCAUUUCCUGACUACUUUGAGCAUAGAGCAAUUCAGAAACUUCUUUUGAUUGGUAAUGGUGGAUCUGGGACGAGUACCAUAUUUAAACAGGCCAAAAUUCUUUACAAAGACAUAGCUUUCUCAGAGGAUGAGCGUGACCACAUCAAAUUGUUGAUCCAGACCAAUGUGUACAGUUACAUUGGAAUACUUCUUGAAGGCCGUGAGCAUUUUGAAGAAGAAAGUUUGAAUAACUUGAGGAAAAAUGGUUCUGAUGAUCAUACUGAACUUACUGGUUGUGGCGAUGGCAAUGAUGAAAAAACUCCAUAUUCCAUUUGUCCAAGGUUGAAAUCAUUCUCCGAUUGGCUUCUGAAAAUUAUGGCUUCAGGAACAUUGGAAGUGAUUUUCCCAGCUGCUACUCGUGAAUAUGCACCUUUGGUUGAGGAGUUGUGUAGCAAUUCAGCCUUCAGAGAAACUUACAAUCGGAGAAAUGAAUUGAAAACUCUUCCCAGUAUUGCUAGUUAUUUCCUUGAGCGAGCUGUUGAUAUAUUGAAACCAGAUUAUAUGCCAUCAGAUUUGGAUAUCCUAUAUGCUGAAGGUGUUACUUCAUCCAAUGGGCUUUCAUGUGUGGACUUUUCAUUUCCGGAGCCAGCACAUGACGAUGAUGUUGACAGUGAGGAUCCACAUGAUUCUCUGCUCAGAUUUCAGUUGAUUAGAUUGCAGACUAAAGGUUUCGCAGAAAACUGCAAGUGGCUUGAGAUGUUUGAGGAUGUUCGACUUGUUAUCUUCUGUGUCUCCCUAAGUGACUAUAACCAGUAUGUUAUUGAUGGUGAAGGGAUCUCCGUCAACAAGAUGGUGUUAAGUAAAAAGCUUUUUGAGAGUGUUGUUACUCAUCCAACUUUUGAUCAGAUAGACUUCCUUUUAGUACUAAAUAAAUUUGACUUAUUCGAGGAAAUGGUAGAACAGGUUCCUCUAAGUCAGUGUGAUUGGUUUGAUGAUUUUCAUCCCGUGAUAAGUCGCAAUCGCUCCAGCAGCAACAGAAACAACAUCAACAACCCAUCUCUUGGACAGUUGGCAUUUCAUUAUAUUGCUGUUAAGUUCAAGAGGCUGUACUCAGAUUUAACUGGUCGAAAGUUGUAUGUAUCACUAGUGAAGGGGCUGGAGCCAAAUAGUGUUGAUGCUGCACUAAAGUAUUCGAGGGAGAUUCUGAAUUGGGAUGAAGAUAGAAACAACUUCAACUCAAGUGAGUAUUCGGGCUAUAGCAUGGAAGCAAAUUCCUUCUCUCAUUGA